UUGCCAUAGUGACGCCGCCAUCAUGCUCAGUAAGAAGUUGGUUUUGUCGCGGGCUCGGGCUCCAGAUUUGGAUACAGUCCGGAGACUGAACCUCUGGGGGAGUAAUCUGAAAGAUGGAGUAUCAGGCCGUGGCCAGUCAAGUUUCCCCACCCAAUGAAAAUGGUGGCUGGUGAGAAAUGGAUGGAAAAUUUCUAAGUGCAAUCCCACCUGCUUCCGAUGGAUUUGUUCAAUGUUCAUAGAAGAAAACUUGGCCCAAAACUUGGAAUUGGGCUGAAGAACAUGGUGUUGCAUAUUGCUCUCCAUAUUAAGGGAAAUGUCCAACGUAGAAGUGAUUACAUUAAGUGUGAACAACAUCUCCUCUUUAGUGGAUUUCCAAUACUGUCAGAAUAUUAGCGAGCUUUACCUCCGGAAGAACAAUAUUCAAAACCUGGCAGAGAUCUGCUACCUGAAGGGACUGCACCGCCUCAGGGUGCUGUGGUUAUCGGAAAAUCCUUGUUGUGGGGCAGACCCCCACAGGUACAGAAUGACUGUCCUACGGAACCUGCCACAGCUACAGAAACUGGAUAACCAAGUUGUGACUGAGGAGGAGGUGGCUCAGGCUUUAGAGGAUGGAGAAGAGAUGGCUGCCAUGCACAACAAAGAGCCCAUGGAGCCAAUAAGGAAUUGCUCGAGGAGAGAAGUCAGCACCUCUGAACCAAGCACGCAAAUGGAAAGUGAUGUCUUGAGUUUCAGAAUGGAAGAGACAAAUAAAAUCCGUGAAGAACUUGGAAUGAAGCCGCUGGGAAGAGAUAAAUUUUCCUCCUCUGUUGGAGUGAAGGACCUAAGUACCUGCAAUGGCAUGCAAAGGCACACUUCCAACGUGCUGAGUGCUGUUCUUUUGCUCUUGAAAGAGCUCGAUGGAGACGGACUGGAGAUUGUAUACAGAACGACAGAGCAGAAACUCCAAAUGUUGCACAGGAAAGAAACUGAACAGGACCAAUGAGCUACAACCGACGAGGCUCACAGACAGUGCAAGUUGAUUUUGACUCAUGGGAGCUGUUUCAAAAUUCAAGGAAAUGCCAGAGAAAAUUAAAACUAGGACUUGUAGACAUGAGGUGAAGCAACUUCACUGAAGUGAUAACAUCAUAGGCCUAGACAGUAUCUAUCACAUGAUUUACCACUGUCUUCCCUAAGAGGAACAGCUUAUUGUGACCAGUAGCUGCAUAGGUACAUCCAUCCUUGUAAUCACUGUUCCUGGUUUAACAGAAGAGUUCAAAUUCACCAGUUAUCCUCAAGUUAAUGCAGAUCUGACUGGAGAGGCCAGUUGUGUUACUGUAUGAAAAGGUAGUAGCACAAUAAAAGGGAACAUUUGCAAGGAAAA